GCACCAGGGGCCUAAAAGAUCCAGACUAGGACACUCUGGGAGAAGUACCGGGACCCUCACGGACUCUCUGGGACCCUCCGGAACCAACCGCUAAAAGAACCGACACCAACCGGGAGCAGGACCGGGACCCACCGGGACCAGACCAGGACCCAGCAGGACCCACACCCUGCCCCCUGAUGUUUUCACCCCAGAUACGCCGGCUCGUGGCCCUGCUGGCCCCCGAGCGCGGGCGCUGGACGCUGGUGGGGGGGCUGAUGUUGGCUUCUGCCUUCGGUGAGGUGGCUGCCCCGUACUUCACAGGCCGUGUCACCGACCAGGUGGCACAGGAGGACACAAUGGCGGCCGUGUUGCCCCUUGUGCUGGUGGGGCUUGUCAGUGCCAUCACUGAGCUGGCCUGUGACAGCAUGGCAGCUGUGGCGCUGACACAGGCACGGGACCGGCUCCAGCGCGGUGCGGUGGCUGCGGUGCUGCAUGGGGACGUGCCCGGGCCGGGGGGCAGCCUGGGGGACACACCAGGUGCGGUGGCCAAGCGGGUGACAGGGGACGCUGAGGCAGCGCACUCGGCGCUGGCCCAUACGCUGGUGCCGUGGCUGUGGGAGUUGACACGGGCUUUGUCAAUGCUGGCCACGGUGGUCUGGCUGUCCCCGUUGCUGGGCUUGCUCACCCUCCUGGCACUGCCCCUCUUCCUGCUGCUGCCACGUGCUGUCGGAGGCAUCCAACAGGACCUGGCACGGCAGGUGCAGGAGGCGGAGGCCAGAAUGACCGCAGUGGCCCUGGAGUCACUGGAGGCCAUUGGGACCGUCCGGGCCUUUGGGCAUGAGGCCGGUGUUACCACACGGGUCCAGCAGCGCCUCACCCAGCAACACCAGUUGGAGAAGAGGGAGGCACUGGCCUACGCGGCUGGCUGCUGGGCCAGUGGGUUCCCUGCACUGGCUCUGAAGCUGGCAGUGCUCCUCUUGGGUGGAUACUUGGUGGCUGCGGGGACUGUCACCCCUGGGGAGCUGGUGGCCAUCCUCAUGUGCCAGCUACACUUCACCAGGGCUGUGGAGGGCGUGCUCAGGUACCUCCCAUUCCUGGCCAAGGCCGUUGGCUCCUCGGAGACACUCCUGGAACUGCUGGAGCAGGCCAGGACGGUGGCACCGGCAGGGCCACCGUCACCUGUCAGACCCCGGGUCCAUGACACCACAUGGACUCCAGGCCUGUGCCUCAAGGAUGUCUGGAUGUCAUACCCUGGCCAGUCUGAGCCAGUUCUCAAGGGGGUGUCGCUGUCGCUGCGCCCCGGGGAGGUUGUGGCCGUGCUGGCGCCCCCUGGCGGCGGGAAGAGCUCCCUGGUGGCGGCGGCGCUGGGGCUGCGCCCCCUGGCGGGCGGGGCGGUGCUGCUGGACGGGAUUCCCCUGACCCCUCACUCGGACCCUGCUCUGCGACGGCAGGUGGCUGGUGUCCCGCAGUGCCCAUCCCUCUUGUCUCGCUCCCUCAGUGCCAACAUCAUGCUGGGCUGGGGUCACAAGGAGGGGACACAAGUGAUGGCAGCGGCUCGGCGGGUGGGGGUGCACACUUGGGCUGAACAGCUGCCACAUGGCUACAAAACAGAGGUGGGCCCGCGGGGGAUGCAGCUUUCAGGGGGACAGGCACAAGGGGUGGCGCUGGCCCGGGCCCUGCUCAGGACCCCCCGAGUGCUGGUGCUGGAUGAGCCCACGCAGGCACUCGAUCCCGUGAUCCGACACCAGGUGGAGCAGGAGCUGCUGUGUCCCGGUGGUUCCGGGCCAGGGGAGGGGCCGGCAGUGCUGCUGGUCACAGGGCAGGUGGCCCUGGCCCAGCGGGCACCCAGGGUGGUCCUGCUGCAGGGGGGACGGCUGCGGGAGCUGGGGGGCCCUGAGGAGCUCAGGACCCUCCCAUGGGGGACAGCGGGGGACACAGGGAAUGGGGAGGGGGACGACUAG